UCAUUUCCGGCUGGGCUGCCAACUUCCACUCCCGCUGCUGGACCCAGUGCUCUCGCAGCCAACCACAGAACACCUGCUGGAGGUGGGGGAUGUCGUAGUAAAAUUACUUUAAAAAAAUUCCGCUUCUUCCAUAACGUUUUCUUAACUUUACGUAACGACGAAGAAACGAGUAAUGGUUUCGGCGUCCAUUAAAAUUGGGAAUUAAUUGACCAAUCAGGUCGAUAACCAGUGUUUGAUACCAUCAACUGACGUGAUACAGCUCACUUUGACUCUGAAGAUGACUACCGCACAGGUUGUCGAAACGUCAGUCACUGUCAACAACAGGAGAACGUUCACCCGGACGAUCAUGCUCAGCCUUACUAGGAUAAUGCUGUUUUAGGCCAAUUCUGUGCUGAAGUCAUUACUCAGUGUCUUUCGCCAUACACAACAUGCUCCUGUAGAGUUAUGAAGAAGAUCUCAAACAAAUUUCAUCAGGAAGCACAAACCAUAAAAUUUUUGGAGUUUUUUGCAGGCAGGUCGCUUGAAAAAGUUGGCCGAACUUUCUGAAGUUUUGAUCCAUAUCCAUCCUUGCCACAUCCGUAGCAACAGACGGCAGGAAACAGUUUCAAUGCCUAAAUACAGUCUUAAAUAACAAAACAAGGCCAUUUUGUUUAGAAUUCAAUUGAUAGGAGACACAUUUAAUCUUUUCAAACAGAUAGGAUAUAGCGUGACAUUGCCCCUGUAAAAUAAUAGGGAGCUUUAGGCAACAAGGACGGCGACGGCUACGAAAACGUCACUUAAAAAGUGAGUUCGCAUUGCCUCAAACUUUAUCGCGCUUAUUCCAUCUCGUUUAAUUCGUGAAAUGUUGGCAAUUUGUUUUGGAGUUGAAUUCUAAAAGACUGUAUCAAAGUCCAGGAAAAGAAAACGAAAGUUGUUGUCGUGUGUUCCCGUCCUCGACAAAACGUGAAAUUACGCAUUUUCACGUUGUGGUCGUGCAACGACGGCAAAGAAAAUGUACAAAUGCACGUGCAAAGUUGUUGUUGUUUUGCUGAUAUAAAACUGUUGUUUGCCGUUCUCGUUGCUUGAGCUCCCCAAUGAAUAGUGUGGCGUAGCUCCUUCAAUAGACUUCCCUGUAUAUCUCUGGGUUUGAAAUUAAGUUGGCCGUGACUCAGCCAUGUUUUGAUGUAUUUCACCUUUCACUGGUUUGGUGAACUGAACCUGACCCAUGGUAGUCUUUAGCUUAUACAAUCUCGUUUUUGCUCUCUUAGGUGCAGCCGCUGACCUCUCUGAAUCUGAGGAUAAUACGCUGACCAGUAAGACUGACUUGUCAAUGCUCAGCGAUGAAGGUCUCGAACUGUCCCAGAGACAAACGGACACCAUGUUCCAGGGGCCGAGCUUAGACGAACAGGCAGAGGAGCUUGUAAUAGGUGCGAUAUUUUAG